AUGAUAAAUUUACCAAUAUAAAUAGAAACUCAACAAUAUAAAUAUUAUAUUGGAAAUGAAGAAAAGUCCUUCUAAAUUAAAAAGAAAGCUGAAUUUUAUUAAUUCUAAAGAUUUAAAACCACUAGUGAUUCAUUUCAUGAAACUAAUCAUUGGAUAGAUAAAAAACAAUAAUAAAGACGAAUGACGUUGGAUAAAUCCUACGAUUGUUCCAAUCUUAAUGCAUAAAAAUAUAUUGAUUAUAAUGUAAUUAUUUAUAGCAAAUAGAUUAAAGAAAAGUAUUAAACAAAUGAAUUAAAUGAAAAGGUUAAAUAAUUUAUUAUACAAGACAAAAAGUUAAUGAGAAAAUAAAUUAAAGUUACCAAAUUUGAAGAUCUAUUAUUAUAAUAUUAGAAAUCAUUUCGUUAAAAAUAAAUGAAAAAGUAAGUAUUAGAUGCAAUAGAAUAAGAGCCUCUUACGCUAAAUCUUAAGGGUUCUGGUUGUAAUUAUAAUAAAAUGAGAAAUUCAAAUAUUAUUAAAAAUUAAUAGAAAGUGAAAUGUUAAUAAAACAUAUAAAAAAAGAAUUAAAAAUAAUAACAUAACAAUACUGAUUCAGAGUUACAGGAUAAAAUUUAAAACUAUUUGUCUAGGAAAAGUGUUAAUUUACAAAGAUUAUCCUAAUAAAUGGAUGAUAUAAAUAUUUCAAGAAAAUUUACUUUAGAAGCAGAGCCUAUAGAAAGAUAAAUAAAAACUUAAACAAAUUUUUUUAAGGAUUUAGGAGAUUCUGAUUCACCUUUAAAGGAAAAAGACAACGAUGAUUAUUCUGCAUUACUUAAGUAAUCUUAUAAAUAUUGGGAAUUUGCAAUUAAAACAAAAAAAGAUUUAAAAAAAAAGAGAAAAACAGAGGUAAGCUUUAAUGUAACUACUUAAACAAACUUAGAAAAAAUGAAAAGUUAAUUGUUGCACUGUAUCCAUAAAUUAAAAUAUAUGAAAUUGUUACCUGAACAAUUAAUAAAAAAUUAAGAGAUAAUAAAAUAAUAACCAUAUUAAAGGGAUGGAUCAUAUUUGUUUUUUAAAGGAAUAGGAAAGAAUGAUUUAGAUAUGGUAAAAUUACUGUUAGAAUAAUGUAGAUUUUAUGCUUUUGAUGUAAAUGAGAAUUUUUAAACAGCUCUUCAUAUUUGUUCAAGAAAAGGAUAUUUAGGUAUAGCAAAAAUGUUGUUUGAAUAUGGAACUUAUCCAGAGGCAAAAGAUGCAAAUUAUAAGACUCCAUUAUAUUAUGCUUUAGUUAAUAAAUAAAAGGAAAUAGUAAGGCUUUUGUUAUCAAAUAAAUGUAAUCCAUGGUCAUCUAAAGAUUGUUGUUAUGAAUCUGAUGAUCCAAUUUUGUUGAAUAUGCUUAAAAUUGCUAGAAAAGUAACAAAUUUAUUGAUAAAGUAGAUUAAUUUGUUACUUGUGAUGAUACCUUAUAAAUAAAGACAAGAAAAGUGGAUAAAUUAUGCUAGAGUCUUUUCAGAAAUGUGA